UUGGCAAUCUCCUCCAUCUCACCAAACUAGAGCAUGUAUGCAUCAAGCCGGUUGUUGAGAACAAUAUAAACAUUUUACAGCUUACAACGAACCCCAAAUACAAGACCAUGGAGGCAGUCAAAGCAUUCAACGGCGAGCUCUACUCGCUGAAUGAGUACAAGCCUCCGAUCUCCAAGGCCAAGAUGACCAAUAUUACCAAGUCUGCAAUAAAAGCUAUAAAAUACUACAAACAUGUUGUCCAGAGUGUGGAGAAGUUCGUUCAGAAAUGCAAGCCAGAGUACAAGGUCCCAGGCCUGUAUGUCAUGGACUCCAUCGUGCGGCAGUCACGGCACCAGUUUGGCCAGGACAAGGAUGUGUUCGCCCCACGCUUCAGCAAAAACAUCAUCGGAACCUUCCAGUACCUCUACCGCUGCCCCUCAGAUGACAAGAGUAAGAUUGUCAGAGUCCUCAACCUGUGGCAGAAGAACGCCGUCUUCAAGAGUGACAUCAUCCAGCCGCUGCUGGACAUGGCUGCAGGACUGCCCCCUCCCAGUGUCACCCCCGUCAUGACCAGCAGGGAUGCUCCGGUCAACAAUGCUACGCCUGGUACCCCAGCGACCCCGGCCACUCCAGCAAACAUCGUGUCCAGUCUGCCUGACUGGGCGUCUCAGUUUUCCAACACUGACACUGUAGCUGCUGUGGCCCAGAUCCUGCAGAGUCCACAGGGACAACAGCUCCAGCAACUGGUGCAGAGUCUGCAGAUGCAGCAGCAGAAGCCCCAGCCGUCUCUGCUGCAGGCGCUGGAUGCAGGCCUGGUGGUCCAGCUGCAGGCACUGACGGCCCAGCUCACUGCAGCCGCCUCAGCCAACCCCAUGCAUCUCAACCCGCUGGACCAGAGGGUCUCCUCCUUCAACAAGAAAAUGUUGGGUCAUUUUGACUUUGGAAACGAUUCAGAACGCUCUGAAGACUCCAAAAAGGACUCGCAAUCAUCCCAGAUGCCCAUGGUGUCUGACUCCAUCUUCCACCAGCUGGCUGAGCAGCUGCAGCAGCAGAACCUAGAGCAGUUCCAGAAGCAGCUCAUGGAGCACCAGCAGCACCAGCAGAAGGAUGGAAUCUUUGGGUCUGAGAACACACUCCAGCAGAGCAGCAGCCAAUCACAGCACCCGGAGCCAGACAACAAGAUGGACGACUCCAUUGACAACCAGCAGCAGGACAUGGACAUGGACCUGGAUGACGGGCCAGAGAUGGACGAAGAGAUCUUCGAGCCAGAGGACAAGAAGUCAAAGACGGUUGACACGCAGUCAAGAACACGGUCCAGGUCACGAUCGAGAUCUCCCAGGAAGAGACGGUCCAGAUCACGGUCAGGCUCUCGGAAACGUAAACAUCGCAAGCGAUCGCGGUCACGCUCCAGAGAGCGGAAGAGGAAGUUGUCGCGGUCCUACUCCAGCGAGAGACAUGCCCGCGAGCUAGAGAAAGAGCGUCAGAAGAAAGGACUGCCUCCAAUCCGAUCCAAGUUUCUCAGUGUGUGCAGCACCACUCUGUGGGUGGGACAGGUGGACAAGAAGGCCACUCAGCAGGACCUCACCAACCUGUUUGAAGAGUUUGGUCAGAUUGAGUCUAUCAAUAUGAUCCCUCCUCGUGGCUGUGCCUACAUCUGUAUGGUCCACAGACAGGAUGCCUACCGCGCCAGACAGAAACUCAGCACUGGUUCAUACAAGAUCGGCUCCAAGGUCAUUAAGAUCGCGUGGGCGCUGAAUAAGGGAGUGAAGCAGGAGUAUAAGCAGUUGUGGGACAUGGACCUGGGGGUCACCUACAUCCCCUGGGAGAAGGUCAAGCUGGACGACCUGGACGGCUUCGCUGAGGGAGGCAUGAUCGACCAGGAGACUGUCAACGCCGAGUGGGAAGCAGCCAAAAAUGCGCCAGAGCCGGUGAAGGAAGCGGUGAGCCAGGCGGUGAGCGCUGAACCCAUGGCAGCCACCAACACCCAACAGACCCAACAAAAGGCCUUCAUCCAACAGGUCUCCAUGAUGCCUGUGCAGCUCCCUGUGGCCCAGGCUGUCCCUGCUGGGGGUCUUGUUCCUCCAUCAUUCCCUGUUUCCAUGGCAAUGCCCCCGCCAGGCUAUGGCCCCCCGCCCACCUUCCUCAGAGCAGGGUUCAACGCCUCCCAGCCUCCUCCAGGUUUUAUGCAGGCAGCAGGUGUUCCUCAGCAAGCAGGCAUGGGCUCAGCUCCUACAUCUCUGGUGCAGCCCUCCAUGUCGCAGGCUCAGGACAGCAUGAAGGACUCCCCGUACGGAGCCACUGUCCCGGGAAGCUUCAUGCCCUCUGCCAUCCCUGGACAAGGGGUCUUCAACCCGCUUCAACCUGGAGUCCAGACGCAGCAAGGAGCCAAUGACAAGACGGGCCAGUCUGCUGAUGGCAUGGACGCCGCUGCAGAGUUAGUACUGCAAGGUAUGCAAAAUGCAAUGAGUCGUCGUAUGGGUCUUCUGGGGAUGCACCCCUCAGCCUCCCUCACCCACCCCCUGCACCAGCAGGGCCUGCCUGGCCAGAGGAUGCCUGGGCUGAUGCCACUGGACCUCCGGCCUAGUAUGCUCCAGGGAGCCGGGGCCCGCUUCCCCCUCCUGAUGCAGCAGGGCCUGUCCCAACAGAGCCUCCUGGACGCCUCCCUCCAUGCACAGGCCCGCGCCAGAGCGGCCUCCCAGAUGGACCACUUCAACAGGGCCGAGGGGGCCUUCAACCGGGGACCCAACCCCCCAAACGAAAGCAUGUCUAAGGCGGAGGACGAGCCUUCCUCUGGGGCAGACGACAGCCAGCAGGGGGGGGACCAAGACUACCGCUUCCCCCCGCCCCAGGAGAAGCAGAGCACGGGCCUGCUGAGGACACCUCCCCCGGAGCACAGAGAGUCCAUGGGUGGAGGUGGACGUGGUGGGGGAGCUGGUGGUGGGGGUAUGGGCGGAGGAGGAGGCAGGCCCGCCCUGCUCCAGACCCCAGUGAGGGAGCCAGCUAGAGACAGCGUGGUAGGGCGGCUUCAGGCCCUCGCCGGCUUCACCCCCCAGACCCAGAGUCGCUGGGGGCCACCUAGAGGGGACUUUGAUGAGCGUGAAAUGCGGGGCUCACCGGCCGGGGUCUCCAAGGGCUUCCAGGAGGAGCGCCCUGGCUCCAACCAGGGGCAGAACUUCCCCAACCGAUUUGAGAACCAGAACCGCUCUGGGGCAGCAGGAGGGGCAGGAGGAGUAGGUGCUGUUGGUCCUGGUGGCGGGGGUGUUGGAGGGGGCCCGGCGUGGAGUCGUGGUGGAGCUAAUGCUGCAGCACCGUUCGCUGAUGCUGACAUGCCCCAGGACUUGGAUGAACGCAGGCACCCUUGGGACAGGCAGCAACGGGAGAGGGACGACAGGGAAUUUGACUUCAGGAAGGAGAUGAACGGCAACCGCCGUGAGAGAGAUAGCCGCGAGAAAGACCGGGAGAGAGAGAGGGACCGGGAGCGAGAAAGGGACCAUGGCCGUGAGCGUGGCAACCGUGAACGAGAGCAGGAGUGCGACCGGGAGAGAGAGCGUGAAAAGGAGAGGGAGAAGGAACGUGAGCGGGACCGUAACAAGCGUGGAGCCUGGACACCUCUUCUCCCUCUACCACAACCCCUACUUCCUACUCCCUCCCUGACCCCAACCCUCUCCCUGACCCAUGGCAAACCUCAGGCCCUGCUGCAACUACAGUCCAGGCUUCAACCUAAACCUGGACUCCUAACUAAACCGGGUCUGCUUCAAACUCCAACCCUCCUAACUCGGUCAACAUCUCAAGCCCCAACCAAGUCCCUUCAAGCCCCAUCCCAGUCUCCAACUCAAGCCAAGAAUGAAGCCAUCCCUGGUCCUGAGCCCCAGGCAGAGUCCCAGUCCUCUACCCAGACCCAUGCUACCCCCAAGUCUGAGUCCUCACCCCAGACCCAAUCCUCUCCUCAGAACCAGUCAUCACCCCAAAACCUGGCUUCCCCUCAGGCCCAAUCGCCGCCCCCUGCACAGUCGCCACCCCAGGCCCUGUCCCCACCACGGGCACAGUCGCCACCCCAGGCCCUAUCCCCACCACGGGCACAGUCCCCACCCCAGGCCCUGUCCCCACUCCAAGCCCUGUCCCCACCCUGGGCACAGUCGCCACACCAGGCCCUGUCCCCACAGGCCCCCCUGCACCCUUGAGGAGAUCACUGACACAGCCAGAGUGAAACCCCUUUGGGCCAACAAGCCAGAGAAACCCCAGGAGGAACCAAUGGAAGAGCCUGAACCCAUAGAGGAACCUCCAUCUCAGUGGGUCUAUGGGACGGGGUCGAGGAUGGACACUGACAUAGUGGCUGAGCCCACCCCUACCCUCUCCCCCACUCCUGCCCCCCUCUCAAUGUCACCGGUCCUCACACACAGUCCUGAGGAACCCCAACGCCUGCCGGAGCCCCUGGACGUGCAGCAACCACCACAACAUGCCUCCUCCUCCUUUUCCUCCUCCCCUAAGGACAAUGGACUGAGUGAGCCGAUGGAGGAAGCUGAGAAACAGCCAGUGGUAGAGCAAACAGACACUGAGGGGACAAUCAUCACUCAGUAGGUAAAGAUCAUUUUGUAAAGUUGUCUCUUCUCUGUAGUCAUGUCAGCCACCCACAGGACCCUGGGUAGUAAUGUGCAUAAUAUUGUCUGAUGACCUAACAACUGAUUUUAUUUCUCACAUAACGGUGUACUUCAAUAGAUGGCUCGCUAGCUGAUUAAAUGGUAGGUGAUUUAUGUUUUUCAUUCUUUUAUUUGUUUCUUUUUUUAGUUGUAAUGCCACCCCACGAUUUGAAGCUGGGUGAAUUUUUAAUGAAAAUUGCUUGCCAAAAUGUUUGAAUUGUAAAUGAGCAAAAAUUGCUUUGACCUUCCUAUGGAAGAGUGUAAGGAUCCUGGCUGUUUCCAAUGGAUUGAAUCCAGAUUACGGAAUACUUGAAAACUGCAGUCGCUGGCCUGUUUUGUCUCUUCUUUUAAAAUAUGCUGCAGCAAAGUUUUAAAUGAAUGCCUUUAUGGUGUCCUAUAUGCUUCUUGUCUAUAGGCAGAAUAUAGCCUACGUACAGUAAGAACAUCCUAAAAGAUGAAAAACAUGACCUGUGUUAUCCCCAAAAUAAAUGUCUGUGAUUUGCUCAUCAUAAUGCAGUGAUUCAAAGGACAAAGUAAGCCAGAGAUAUAUAAAAAAAAAAAAAGAUGGAUGGAUGUUGGGUGCAUUCUGUUUUAGUUUGAAAUAAACGUGCUUUGUUUGUUAACAAAUGCUUUAGGACUGUAUUUUCUGACCCAGGACCAGUGGAGUAAUGUUUUACAGACUAUAUGCUUUUUGUGGUGGUGUCACAUACAAACAGCUGUGUCACUGCAGUAGUUAGGCCAUUGACUUGAUGUUGUCGUACCCCAUUAAGUCAGGCAGGAUGUUAAAGUGCCUGUACUUUGACAUCAAUCUAGUCUAUCUAAACCGCUCUUUAGUUUGUUUGCGACCAUGGAUUCAUUUGUUAUGUUAGUUUCUGCUCACUCUGUACUUCGCUAUGCUUUUGUUGGGUGGGUGACUAUUUGGGAUCAGAUUGUGCCUUCUUGUUUUGAUUAUUGUUCAGCGUAAUGCCACCAAAUACACCACACUAUCUUCAAAGUGCUGCUUUGAUUUCCCUGAGACUGUACAACCCCUCAGAGAGACAGCAGUCUGUCCAGCAAGCUGUCAACACAGACACUGAUCUCCUUUGUCUGUGUGAUCAUAGCUGGGCAGCCUAUACAGCCCUUAGCCUAUGUGUAGGGGGAACCAACUACGGUAGUCUGUUUACUCCAUCGUUGUGUGCAUGCCGGCCUGUAGCCAUUUAUUCUCCUUUGUCUUGUUCACGUCAUACUUCUUCAGUACAUUUCUGUUGAGACACUAUACGAUCAGGACAGGUUCAAUAGUCUGAAGUUCUCUCAGACAAGCAAAUGUUAUAAGAGUUUAAUAAAGUUGAAGGUAAAUCA